CAUUUAGUGUUGCACCAUAAACAAGAAAACGUGUGGAAUUUUUAACAGAAAUUGAAAUCUUAAUAUAUAAUAAGAAUGAAGAUGUUUAUCUUAUUCAUGAUGCUGCUGGGAUAUGCUAUAGCAGCCAGUGUUUUGGUGCCUUUAACAACUGUGGUACGUACGCCCGAAGAUGAUACGGCUGUUGUGGAAAGUUCUCGUGUUAGGGGCAAUUUCGCUUAUAGCACUGUUGAGGGUCAUGCUUAUAAAACUAUAACACCUAUACUAGGCCACAUUGUGGCACCAGACUACUUGCAACCAAUUAAUUAUGUUUAUGUACACAAUUCAUAAUUCAAAUUAAUAAAAUAUUUAUAGAAACUUA